AUGUCGAGCAUACUGGCACCGACGAAGUCGAAGCCUUUCUCUAAACACAUCGGCAAGGCCGUGUUAACCAACACCGCGAAACGGUACUCUUCCAUCUCUCGACCUCAAACAUCUCAGCUUCUGUAUUCACGAACUCGAACGCGACCCGGCCCUCUUCUUCUAGUUCCUUCGGCAUGUGUUUCACUGCCGCGAAGUGGAGUCCUUCAAAAUCUGCGGCACUACGCCAUUGGUCCUGGGGGAGGGGGGCCAGGGGGAGGGGGAGGGUUUCCUGGGUUUAGCUUCGGUCAACCGCAGGCGAAGGGAGAGGCGUUGAAGGAAUACAGUGUGGACUUGACUCAAAUGGCAAAGGACGGAAAGCUGGACCCUACCAUUGGAAGAGACGAAGAAAUCAGGAGAACCAUUCAAAUUCUAUCAAGACGAACAAAGUCUAACCCAGUGCUUAUUGGUCCUCCUGGUGUUGGCAAGACGGCCAUUCUCGAAGGCCUUGCGAGUCGAAUUGUAUCAAAAGAGGUCCCAGAAUCGUUGCACAACAAACGCGUGCUUUCCAUUGACCUCUCGGCCAUAAUGGCAGGAUCCGGAAUCCGUGGCCAGUUCGAGGAGAAAUUCAAAGCGUUGCUGAGAGAUAUUGAAGAGGAGGGCGGCAAGGUUAUUUGUUUCAUCGACGAAGUUCAUACGCUAUUCAAUCUUGGGAAAGCGGAAGGUUCUAUUGAUGCUGGACAGAUGAUCAAGCCUGCCUUGGCGAGAGGCCUUCAGCUAGUCGGUGCAACGACACCCGAUGAAUACCGCAAGACAAUUGGCAAAGACGCUGCUCUGGAGCGUCGCUUCCAGCCUGUCACCAUUGAAGAGCCAACCGUGGCGUCGACCAUCUCAAUUCUGCGCGGGUUGAAGCCGAGGUAUGAGGUACACCAUGGAGUCGAAAUUUCCGAUGGCGCUUUAGUGACAGCCGCGGUAUAUUCAGCACGCUACAUCUCCGAUCGUUUCCUUCCCGACAAAGCAAUUGAUCUAGUGGAUGAAGCGGCGUCGUCACUGCGACUGGCACAGGAAUCCAAGCCUGACGAACUCGAGGCACUUGACCGCGAGAUUAUGACGCUGCAAAUUGAGCUGGAGAGCUUGAAAAAAGAGACAGACGUGUUCAGUGUUGAGAGGAGAGGAAAGGUCGAAGGGGAUUUGUUGGUGAAACGACAAAUGGCGGAGGAGCUGACAGGGUUAUGGCAAGCUGCCCGCGACAGACUACAAAAGAUCAAGAACACAAAGAAACAGCUCGAAGAUGCUAAAUACCAGCUCGAGGUCGCUCAGCGACAAGGCCAGUUCGAGCUCGCGUCGCGACUGCGGUUCUCGACCAUUCCCGAGCUGGAGAAGCAGCUGCCGACGGAGAGUGAGGCGACGGCAGCGGAGCAGGAGGAGUCGCCGUUGGCGAUGCUGCACGACCGUGUGACGUCGAACGACAUCUCGAGGGUUGUGGCGAAGGCGACGGGCAUCCCGGUGCAGAAUCUGUUGAAGGGCGAGAGAGAUAAGCUUGUUCAUAUGGAAGAAGCGCUCCGUCAGCGAGUGGUGGGGCAGGAUCAUGUUGUUGAAGCGAUUAGCGAUGCUGUUCGUAUCUCUCGUGCAGGCCUGCAGGCUCCUAAUCGCCCUGUCGCAUCGUUCUUGUUCUUGGGACCUACUGGUGUUGGCAAGACCGAGCUCUGCAAAGCCCUUGCAUCGUUUUUGUACAAUGAUGAGCAGAGAGGGUUGAUUACGAUUAACAUGUCUGAGUAUCACGACAGGCAUACGAUUUCUCGUCUCAUCGGAGCUGCACCUGGAUAUGUUGGAUUCGAAGAGGGUGGCCAGCUGACCGAGGCUGUUCGUCGGAAACCUUACGCUGUGGUCCUGCUCGAUGAACUUGAGAAGGCGCAUAAGGACGUUGCGAUGAUUUUGUUACAAAUUUUGGAUGAGGGUACUAUUACAGACAGCCAAGGGCGCAAAGUUGACUUCAAGAAUACUAUUAUUUGCUUGACAAGCAAUCUCGGAAGCGACAUCCUCGCCCACUCAACCGCAAGCGACCCCGAAACCGGCCUCGUCACCGCCUCCGCCAAAGCCGAAGUGCUCGAACGCACCCAGGAGUACUUCCCACCGGAACUACUCAACCGUCUCGACUCGAUGCUGGUAUUCAACAAGCUCUCGCGGACGUCCAUCCUCAAAGUCGUCGGACUGCGUCUGGACGACGUCUCCGAGCGCCUGAAACACCGCAGGAUCACACUCGACGUCGACGACCAGGCGCGCGAGUGGCUCGCUGCACAUGGAUAUUCGGAGAUGUAUGGUGCGAGAGCGAUCGCGCGUGUGGUGCGCACGGAUGUGCUGUUCCCGUUGGCGCAGAAAUUGUUGAGGGGUACGAUCAGGGAUGGCGAUACUGUUCAGAUUCGUGUUUCCGGGGAUGCUUUGGAUAUCAAGGAGAACCAUCCUCCUGACCCGACCUUGGCUCGCCCUGAUUCCGAAGUCAACCCUGACGAGAACCCCCCAUUGGAAUCCGACGAGCACCACUAA